AUGGAGGGUAACCACAGUGGCUUGGCUGGAAGCACACAGCCAUCUGUGUCCGGAGAACAGACAGAUGGACGCGUUUAUGAGGUUGCGGUGCAGAACAGCUCCACCAACCGCAGCUCCCAGUUUGCCGAUGUGGCUCUGCUGCAGAUGUUCAAGCCUCUUAUCAUCCCCUGUUAUGUGCUCGUUGUGGUAGUGGGCGUCUUUGGGAAUUACCUGCUCAUCUAUGUCAUCUGCCGAACCCGCAAGAUGUACAAUGUCACCAACUUCUUCAUUGGAAACCUGGCCUUCUCCGACAUGCUCAUGUGUGUGACCUGCGUCCCUUUCACUCUCGCCUACGCCUUCAACCCACACGGUUGGGUUUUUGGCCGCCCAAUGUGCUACCUGGUGUUCCUCAUCCAACCAGUCACAGUCUAUGUUUCAGUUUUCACGCUCACUGCUAUUGCUGUGGAUAGAUAUUAUGCAACAGUUCACCCCCUGAAGAAGCGUACCUCUGUGUCUACCUGUGCUUCUGUCCUCACCGGCAUCUGGCUGCUGUCCUUCGGGCUUGUGGCUCCAGCAGUCACCCACACCUACCACGUCAAGUUCAAGGAGGAAGGCUUCACCAUUUGUGAGGAAUUCUGGUUCGGUAAAGAGACAGAAAGACGUGCUUAUGCAUACAGUACCCUGCUGGUCACAUAUGUCCUGCCGUUGUCAGCUGUCUUUGUCUCUUAUCUCUGUAUCACUGUCAAACUAAAGAAGUGUGUUGCACCAGGCCACAAGACACAAGGCCAGGCGGGGGCUCAACAAGCUCGCAAGAGAAAGAUCUUUCGCCUGGUUGCACUUUUGGUGUCUGCGUUUGCAGUGUGUUGGCUUCCUAUUCAUGUAUUCAAUGUGCUGCGAGACAUUGACAUUCACCUCAUUAACAAGCGCUACUUUUUACUCAUCCAACUGCUGUGUCACCUGUGUGCCAUGAGCUCUUCUUGUUGUAACCCCUUUCUCUAUGCUUGGCUACACGACCGCUUCCGCACCGAGUUACGGAAGAUGUUCAAGUGCCGUCGUCGCAUUGGAGGGCCUGCUAAUCACUGUGCUGCCAGUGUGGCCUUGUAA